GACCUGGGCUGUAUCUGCACCACUGUCCCCAAAGCCAUGCACAAUUUCCUCUGGAACACCAGAACCAUCUCCUACCAUGGAUGUGCUGCACAGGUCUUUCUACUUGUCUUCUUUCUUGGAGCAGAGUUUUCCCUCCUUAUCAUUAUGUGCUAUGACCGCUACGUUGCCAUCUGCAAACCCCUGCACUACGGGACCCUCCUGGGCAGCAGAGCUUGUGCCCACAUGGCAGCAGCUGCCUGGGCCACUGGCUUUCUCCAUGCUCUGCUGCACACAGCCAAUACAUUUUCCCUGCCCCUGUGCCAGGGCAAUGCCCUGGGCCAGUUCUUCUGUGAAAUCCCACACAUCCUCAAGCUCUCCUGCUCACACUCAGGCUACCUCAGGGAAAUUGGACUUAUGUUUUUUACUCUCUCUUUAGAACUUUGCUUUUUUGUUUUCAUAGUUUUCUCCUAUGUGCAGAUCUUCAGGGCUGUGCUGAGGAUCCCCUCUGAGCAGGGACGGCACAAAGCCUUUUCCACGUGCCUCCCUCACCUGGCUGUGGUCUCCCUGUACCUCAGCACCUCCACAUUUGCCCACCUGAAGCCCUUCUCAAUUUCCUCCCCAUCCCUGGACCUGGUGGUGGCAGUUCUGUACUCAGUGGUGCCUCCAGCACUGAACCCCCUCAUC